UCGAUCUAUGUCGGCAGAGCGAGCUGUUGUCUAACCAUAGCAACAGGGACGCUUUAGUGGUCAAACUUAUACUUUGGCUAUGGGAAAUCACAAAUAAUAGACCACAUCCUGUCAAUUUAACACAUUUUCUUGCGCACAAUCAACAGUCCUAUUUAUUGGUGUAUGUCUGUGAGGAGGUCGAGAUGCAGGCGGAGGAUGCGCGAUAUUUAAAGAGGAGAGUGAAGGGCGGGAGUAUCGAUGUCCAUCCAACUGAAAAAGCCCUCAUCGUUCAUUAUGAGGUGGAGGCGACAAUUUUGGGAAAAAUGGGUUAUCCAAUGCUAGGAGAGCGGAAGGAGUGCCAGAAGAUCAUUCGUCUCAAAAGCCUGAAUGCCAGUACAGAUAUUGCUUCGCUGGCUCGGAAGGUGGUGGAGGAGUGCAAUCUUAUCAACUCCUCCAGACUUCCUGAAGUAGAACAUUUGUUGUGCUACCUGCAAAAUCACAGGAAAACCAACGAUAGAGACAGAGGAGAAAAAACGCCUGUGAGACCCGGAGAUCUGACCCCGUUUGAAGGCAUGGAGAUUGAGGAGGAAGCCAGCAUCAGUGGCAUAGACAGCUAUGUGGACCUGCUGUAUGAGGACAUCUCUGAGAAAGCGAGGGGAGCCGCGCUCAUCCUCCAACUCACCCGGAAGCCCGACAAUCUGGAGGAGCUGCUGCAGAACGAGACGGCGCUGGGAGCCCUGGCCAGAGUUCUGAGGGAAGACUGGAAGCAAAGCAUGGAGCUGGCCACCAGUAUAAUCUACAUCUUCUUCUGUUUCUCAAGUUUCAGUCAGUUUCAUGGACUGAUCACCCACUACAAGAUAGGAGCCCUCUGCAUGGGCAUCAUUGAUCAUGAACUUAAGAGAUACGACCUGUGGCAGUAUGAGCUCCAGAAGAAGAAGACGGCCUGUGAAGAGAGUCCUGACGAGCAGAACCGAAGAAAAGAACAUGAGAAAGCUGUAAAGAAGUACCAGAGCCUUGUGGUGAAGCAGGAGCGACUGCUCAGAGUAUCGCUGUACCUCCUGCUGAACCUGUCAGAGGACACACGGACGGAGCUGAAGAUGAGGAACAAGAACAUCGUGUUUAUGCUGGUGAAGAUCCUAGGCAGGGAGAACGCUGACCUGCUGGUGCUGGUCGUUUCCUUUCUGAAGAAGCUUAGUAUCUUCCUGGAAAAUAAGAACGACAUGGCUGAACUUGACGCCGUGGGGAAGCUGGCCAGACUGGUUCCAUGUGACCACGAGGACCUGCUGAACGUCACCCUCCGUCUUCUGCUCAACCUCUCCUUCGACACCGGCCUGCGUGGCCGCAUGGUCCAAGUGGGUCUGCUGCCCAAGCUCACCACGCUGCUAGGUGAGGAGAGUCAGAGGCGCGUCGCUCUGAAGAUCCUCUACCAUCUCAGCAUGGACGACAGCACCAAGUCCAUGCUUGCCUACACAGACUGCAUCCCGCAGCUCAUGCAGAUGCUCUUUGAGAGCGGGGAUGAGCAUGCUGAUGUGGAGCUCAUCUCUUUCUGCAUCAACCUGGCAGCUAACAAGAGGAACAGCCACCUUAUCUGUGAUGGACACGGCCUGAGGAUGCUGAUGAAGAGGGCGCUGAAACUGAAGGAUUCUCUGCUCAUGAAGAUGAUUAGGAAUAUUUCUCAGCACAAUGGCCCCACUAAGCAGCUGUUUCUUGAUUAUGUGGGUGACCUGGCAGCCCAGAUUGGGCCGGGCGAGGAGGAGGAGUUUGUGAUCGAGUGCCUGGGUACACUGGCCAACCUCACCAUCCCUGACCUGGACUGGGAGCUGGUGCUGAAAGAGUAUGAUCUGGUGCCCUACCUGAAGGAGCACCUGAAACCCGGCUCGGCUGAGGACGACCUCAUCUUAGAUGUGGUCAUCCUGCUGGGGACCGUCUCCAUGGACGACGCCUGUGCCGCCAUGUUGGCUAAAUCCGGCAUAAUUCCAGCACUUAUAGAGCUUCUCAAUGCUCUACAGGAAGAUGACGAGUUUGUUUCUCAGAUCAUCUACGUCUUCUACCAGAUGGUGUUUCACCAGGCAACCAGAGAUGUCAUCAUCAAGGAGAGCCAAGCCCCUGCUUACAUCAUGGACCUGAUGCAUGACAGGAACAGGGAGAUCCAGAGAGUCUGCAGCGGCACCCUGGACAUCAUCGCAGAGCACGACGAGGAGUGGGGGAGGAGGAUCCAGAGCGAGAAGUUCCGCUGGCACAACUCUCAUUGGCUGGAGAUGGUGGAGAGCCAGCAAACGGAUGACAUGGAGGCGAGUGCGUACAGCGACGACGGCGGGCCCUUCCUGUACGACCAGGACAUACUGGAGCGACCCGACCUCUUCUACAGCGCCGAUGGAUUAAUCUCAUCCGAUGGUUCGAUCAGUCCAGAGUUCUUCAGUGACUUCCAGAUGCAAAACGGAGACAUCUUAGGACCGAAUGUCUUCUAUGACAGCCUGGAGCAUGAUGGAUUUAGACAAAGAAGUGGAUCACUGGGCCGUCCUGCUACCGCCUACGGAUUCCGGCCAGAUGAGCAGUUCCACUAUGGCUUUGGAUUCUCCAAAUGAACACGUUAACCCUUUAACUGCUGUGUCAGGUGACUCAGACAGGUAACAUUCGGGUAACAUCCCUGCCACCCGAGCCUUGCAAUCCAGGAAUGUAGUAUGUGUGUUUUAUUACACUGUACAUUCCUUUACUUACCUAAUGAGGUGUAAUCUCAUCUGUGCUUAAGAAGCUUCAUUGAGAUGGCCUGCAUCAGAGGCAUACCCAGAGCUGGCUUCUAGCAUUAGCUGUGCCAGGUUUUAUAACAGUACAGUUUCAUUUUAUUGGCGUGCUCAUGUAAAGGGAAGUAACUGCCAUGGAAAGAGAGCUGUGGGUCUUUCAUUCUGUCGUACCGCAGUAUCACACAUAUUCAUAGCAGGCGUUUCGUGUUUGGUUUCAACUGAAUGUGCAUUUAGUCAUGUGAUGUCAUAGAAGGAUGUGAGACUUUAAUGAAGCCAAAAGUCAGUCUGAGGUCUUUCCUGCUGCAGGUCGGCCAUGUUUGUUUGUGAGAUGGGCGGUGUCAUAUAUGUGUCAUAUAUGUUCUGGGCGGUGGGUUUAUUCUCAGUAACGUGGUGGGGCAAAAACACAGCAGCAUCAAAACCAUGAAAUGAGGCUUUUGGCUUUCAGUUAGAUUUAUUAGUGUAUAACAGCACAUUUCUCAUUGUAUUAGUAUACAAUUUCAAGUGAUUUAAUGAAAUGAUAUGUGUAUACAUACGUUGCAGUCUCUUCUGAAAUAUCGUGGAUGCAAUAGAUUCCAUGACAAAAUGAAAAAAAAUCACAGACAAACUACGCAUGUGCAGGGCCAGUCAAUCCUACAGGCGACACAGGGGGGCCGCCCAGGGGGCCAGCUUCCGAGGGGGUGCUGUCUUGCCAGCCAAUUUCACUUUGCCUCAGACAGGGGGCGCUGGCGGUGAUGCUCACCUAGGGCGCCACGUUGGGCACCAGUCCUGCACAUGUGACACUGUAAAUAGCCAUUAUUUUCAAAUGACUUUGCUUUUUGUUGUUUUGGUUCAUCAAUAUAAUACGACAGACUGUAAAUUAAUAAACCAAAGACUGAACCAGA